AUGAAGACUUCUUCCGUGACCAUCACAAUCUGUGUCCUCACAGCCCUGCUAGCCACAGGAACGUGUCUUCAGUGCGAGCGCUGCAGAAGUGCCACCAGCUCAUGUUUUGGGCCGCUGCAGACCUGCGAGGAGGAUGAAAAUGCCUGCUUGAUUCUCACCAUGGAGUCUAGAAUCGGUAGGGUGAGAAAUGUGGCCACUUACAAAGGAUGUACCAAUCUGGUGCACUGCCCUCCGGGGCCUUUCACCAUCACCACCACCUUACAUGAACGCAUCCGGAGUAACUCAGAUUGCUGCUGCUGGGAUCAUUGCAACAAAGGAGGUUUGAGAUUGCCAGUGCGAGGUGAACCAAACCUCCGAUUAUGCCCUGGACAGAAGCGUGAUGACUCCAAGUGCAGCAUUGCUGAGAAACUUCACUGCCACGGACAGGAGGUCAACUGUUUCUAUCAUGCUGGACAUGUUCAAGCUGGUGUCAAGAAUGAGACCUUUGUCAAACAAGGCUGUGGGACCAAGCAUACGUGCCUUGAUAAACUGGGCAGAUUUGGAAUACCAGGAUUGUUCCUUGAAACACUGACCAAGGUGGAGUGCAGCCGGGCUUCCAAAAUUGGCACCUAA